AUGAAGCCCUCGUUGCUGCUUCUGGGUCACCUCUGGCUGCUCAGCCUCACACCUCUCCUGUGGACAUCAGACUUCGCACGAGGCACCUCCAGCCUCACUUGCUGGUAUGACUCACGGGCAGCUCUGUUUUGUGACUGGAAUCCAAGCAGGGACCUGGUUGAAGCAUCCUGCCAGCUGGAGAUUUUAUCAAAGUUAGAACUUUGUGACAGGUUAUCUCACUUCCUUGAAAAAUUCGGAGAGCACUGUGAAUUACCCAAGGCAGAACACACGACAGGACUGAGGAGAUGCAUCAAGACCUUCAGUAAAAACAGUAAUACUCAGUGCUUCACUGCUGCAGACCGUCUGACUCUGGCUGUCCACUGCCAGAUUGGAGGGAACAGGUCUACACCUGUGCAAAUAGAAGACUUCAGCCCCCUGGCAAACAUAAAGCUGAGGCCUCCAGGAAAUCUCCAGCUGGUUAGCAAAACUGAAAACACCUACAACUUAACGUGGAGCCUUAAUAUUUCCUCUCACUACUUGGAUGGGGAGCGGGAAUACCAAGUGCGGUACCGAACCACGAGUCAGUCCUGGGAGGAGGCCAGGAACUUCACCAUUGUGCAGGACCAGAUGUGGGUGGUGUUUGAGAGCCUCUUGCCUGAUCUGAAAUACGAGGCAGCUGUUCGGGCAAGGCCAAGUGCCUCCAGCACCUACAGAGGCGUGUGGAGCGACUGGAGCGAGACCACCGUGUGGAGGACACAUGCUGACCGAACAUCCCAUCCAGUCCUGCCAGUUCUCAUAGCCAGCACCUGCAUCUUCGUGAUCAUUGGAACUGUCUUCCUCAUUAACACCAGGACUCUGAAAUGGUUUAAGAAGAUUCUGAAGAUCCACAUCCCAGACCCUGAGAAGUUCUUUUCCCCACUCAUUUCAGUUCACGGAGGUGACAUUCAGAAAUGGCUCUCCUCCCCAUUCUCCACAUCUUCCUACUGUGUGAACAGCACAACCCCUGAGAUCUCCAUGCUCGAGGUGAUACAGAAGAAUGACCCAGAAUCCCAGUUCCUACUUUCCAAGGGAAGCCUGAGUCCUGAUCCCCUCAUAGAAACCAGUGGGCACUCUGUAUCCAGCUGCUUCACCAACCAAGGCUACUUCUUCUUCCACCUUUCCAACUCCUUCGAGAUCGAACCCUGUCAGGUCUACUUUACCUACGAGCCUUUCACCCAGGAGGGUGGUGUCAGUGAGGACGGAGAAGCUUACCAUGCUCUCCCCUCCCCAGACCUCUGCACACUGGCAGAAGACAUGCCUGUGUUGUCCCAGAACUUCCUUCACUGUAUCAAGACAAGCCGCAUCUUCCAAAACAACUCCUUGCAAGAGACAGAAAGUGAAGCCCAGCAGGCCGUGGCUAUUUCUGGGGCUCUGCAGUCCAGUGAAGCCACCUCGCCACCACCAGUUCUGACACAGCAUGAGAAGAUAACGGACAAAGUGGCUUCACAACCUGCUGAGGCCCUGUGCCAGCUGGACACUGACAUUCCUGAUCCACCAGACGUGGAGGAUAGCGAUACCCUCCAUGCAGCAGAGGGGAGUGGGAAGGCAGACCCUUCAGCUGACCCCUGUGCACCAGAAGAACAUGCUACCUCUUCUUUCUCUCACCCUCCACCCCUAAAACAAAGCCAGGGUGAAGCUCCAUGCAGAACAGCCUGCCCGAGCCAGGUCCCAAACACUGGUGCCUACUUUUCUCUGAGGGACCUCCAAAGCCAGUACAACCAUCGCUCUGUCUAG